UCCGCUCCCGCCCCGCGGCCCGCUCUCCCCGCCCGGCCCGGCCCGGCUCCCGUCGCCGCGCAGCCCGCCGCCGCCGCGGGCAGCCCCAGCGCUCCGGCUCGGCUCGGCUCGGCUCGGCUCCGGUGCGCGCCGCGGCCAUGCAGCGCCGGGGCGCCCUGUUCGGCAUGCCGGGCGGCAGCGGCAGCAGGAAGAUGGCUGCAGGAGACAUCGGCGAGCUGCUGGUGCCCCACAUGCCCACGAUCCGCGUGCCCAGGUCCGGGGACCGGGUCUACAAGAGCGAGUGCGCCUUCUCCUACGACUCCCCCAAUUCUGAAGGUGGACUCUAUGUAUGCAUGAAUACAUUUUUGGCUUUUGGAAGGGAACAUGUUGAAAGACAUUUUCGAAAAACUGGACAGAGUGUGUACAUGCACCUGAAGAGACAUGUACGAGAGAAGGUAAGAGGGGCAUCUGGUGGAGCUUUACCAAAAAGGAGGAAUUCAAAGAUUUUUUUAGAUCUAGAUACUGAUGACGAUUUAAAUAGCGACGAUUAUGAAUAUGAAGAUGAAGCCAAACUUGUUAUUUUCCCAGACCACUAUGAAAUAGCACUACCAAAUAUUGAGGAGUUACCAGCCCUGGUAACAAUUGCUUGUGAUGCAGUUCUCAGCUCAAAAUCUCCAUACAGAAAGCAGGACCCAGACACUUGGGAAAAUGAAUUGCCAGUAUCCAAAUAUGCCAAUAACCUCACCCAGCUGGACAAUGGAGUGAGGAUUCCUCCAAGUGGUUGGAAGUGUGCCAGGUGUGACCUGCGGGAAAACCUCUGGUUAAAUCUGACCGAUGGCUCUGUGCUGUGUGGGAAGUGGUUCUUUGACAGCUCUGGGGGCAACGGGCAUGCACUGGAGCAUUACAGAGACAUGGGCUACCCUCUAGCUGUGAAGCUGGGAACCAUCACUCCUGAUGGGGCAGAUGUUUAUUCUUUUCAAGAAGAGGAACCCGUUUUGGAUCCUCAUUUGGCCAAGCACUUAGCGCAUUUUGGAAUUGAUAUGCUUCACAUGCACGGGACAGAGAAUGGGCUCCGGGACAAUGACAUCAAGCCUCGUGUCAGCGAGUGGGAAGUGAUCCAGGAGACGGGGACGAAGCUGAAGCCCAUGUAUGGCCCUGGAUACACGGGUCUCAAGAACCUGGGGAACAGCUGCUAUCUCAGUUCUGUCAUGCAGGCCAUCUUCAGCAUCCCAGAAUUCCAGAGGGCGUAUGUAGGAAAUCUUCCAAGAAUAUUUGACUACUCUCCUUUAGAUCCAACACAAGAUUUCAACACACAGAUGACUAAGUUAGGACACGGCCUUCUCUCAGGCCAGUAUUCGAAACCUCCGGUGAAAUCUGAACUCAUAGAACAGGUGAUGAAGGAGGAACACAAGCCUCAACAGAAUGGGAUCUCUCCACGCAUGUUUAAGGCCUUUGUAAGCAAGAGCCACCCAGAAUUCUCCUCCAAUAGACAGCAGGAUGCCCAGGAAUUUUUCUUGCACCUGGUGAAUCUUGUAGAGAGGAACCGCAUCGGCUCAGAAAACCCAAGUGAUGUUUUUCGGUUUUUGGUGGAAGAACGUAUUCAGUGCUGUCAGACCCGGAAAGUCCGCUACACAGAGCGAGUGGAUUACCUGAUGCAGUUGCCUGUGGCCAUGGAGGCAGCGACCAACAAGGAUGAACUGAUCGCCUAUGAGUUAACGAGAAGGGAAGCAGAAGCAAACAGAAGACCCCUCCCCGAGGUGGUUCGUGCCAAGAUCCCCUUUAGUGCCUGCCUUCAGGCCUUUUCUGAACCAGAAAACGUUGACGAUUUCUGGAGUAGCGCCCUCCAGGCAAAGUCUGCGGGUGUGAAAACAUCUCGCUUUGCCUCAUUCCCUGAAUACUUGGUAGUGCAGAUAAAGAAGUUCACUUUUGGUCUUGACUGGGUUCCCAAAAAAUUUGAUGUUUCUAUUGAUAUGCCAGACCUACUUGACAUCAACCAUCUCCGAGCCAGGGGGUUACAGCCAGGAGAGGAGGAACUUCCAGACAUCAGCCCCCCAAUAGUCAUUCCUGAUGACUCAAAAGAUCGCCUGAUGAACCAAUUCAUAGACCCAUCAGACAUCGAUGAGUCAUCAGUGAUGCAGCUGGCCGAGAUGGGGUUCCCCCUAGAAGCGUGUCGGAAGGCUGUGUACUUUACUGGAAAUAUGGGAGCCGAGGUGGCCUUCAACUGGAUCAUUGUUCACAUGGAGGAGCCAGAUUUUGCUGAACCACUGACCAUGCCUGGUUAUGGAGGAGCAGCUUCUGCUGGAGCCUCUGUUUUUGGUGCUACUGGAUUGGAUAACCAACCUCCGGAGGAAAUUGUAGCUAUUAUUACCUCCAUGGGAUUCCAUCGAAAUCAGGCUAUUCAGGCGCUACGAGCAACAAAUAAUAACCUGGAAAGAGCACUGGAUUGGAUCUUUAGCCACCCUGAGUUUGAGGAGGACAGUGACUUUGUGAUCGAGAUGGAGAAUAACGCCAAUGCAAACAUUAUUUCUGAGGCCAAGCCCGAAGGACCUAGAGUCAAGGAUGGAUCUGGAAUGUAUGAAUUAUUUGCAUUCAUCAGUCACAUGGGAACAUCUACAAUGAGUGGCCAUUAUGUUUGCCAUAUCAAAAAGGAAGGAAGGUGGGUGAUCUACAAUGACCACAAAGUUUGUGCCUCUGAAAGGCCCCCUAAAGACCUGGGCUACAUGUACUUUUACCGCAGGAUACCAAGCUAAACCUCAGACGUACAAAUUGGCGAGAAGAAGCCAUAUGCCUUUUUAAUUUGCCAAAAAAAAAAAAAAAAGUAAGAAGUUGGACGGCCAGACAUGAAGGAAUACAUGGGGUAUUUAUAGAUUAUUUAAAGAACAUCGUUUGACAUCUUCUGAAAUAGAACUGGGAAGAAAUUUCUAUUAGUGAUGAUACACUACUGUAGAUAGUUUUUCUUUUUAUAAAUGUUCAAGGAGAGGAUGAUUUUUUAAAAAAAACGUAUUCAUAUUGCUGGUGGGGGAUCUGCCACUGGCACAUCAAAGGUGAGAAUGUGCCACUAGCCCUCUAUUUUGCUUUGGGGGUCAGUGGUAGCGGCCUCCAGAGAAACCAAGUAAUGGGGCCAGUCAUGUGGCCUCACCCACAAUAAAUGAGAAGCCCACUUUUGUUUCAUAACGAAAAUCAGUAACUGAGCUGGGCUUUAUUUGUGACAUAAUUUUUUCAUUACAGACAAUAAUUUCUGACCUAUCCAUGUAUAGUAGAUUAGAACAUCUGCAAUGAAAGAUAUUUUUAAUUUAAUCAUAUCAAAAUACAUAAUACAAUUGUGUGAAUGUGUGUGAGAAUGAGACCAAGAGUGUGAGACCUUUAUAGUCAACUAGAAAAUCUGUGACGGGUUGGUUUUUAAAGAUUAAAACAGUUGGUAUUAAGCAUAGCUAGAAAAAGCAAGCAAAUAGUUUAAAGAAACUAUAACUCAGGAACAGUUUAAAAAAUUAGUUCCCCACUUAGAUUUCCAGGCUUAGAAAGGGCUGAUUGUCCCUUUGAGGGCUGUCGAGAAUUCACUUGGGUUUGUGACCUUUGAUGGUGUAAUGCCAGAUGCCCACAGCAGCACAAUACUGUACUUUGCCAAAGGUAGAUGGAUUCUGUUUCUCAGCAGCCCUUCCUGCUAAGGUAUAGUGUGUAUUUUUAGUUAAAAUAGCUCAUCUCUUCUUACCAUAACACAUGACAACUCCCUGGAAUCAUGUUAAGUGCCCCACAUUGGUCUGUAAUUUUCUCAUCUCUGAGCUCUUUGCCUGCCUCCAUUUCUACGUUUUAUGGGGCCAGAGUCCCAUCCCUGCUCUCUUCUUGCCUAAUCACCUCCUGACUUGCCUUCACUGCUUAUCUGCUGCAACCACAGUGUGAUCCUGGGUACUUUAAGGGUUUCACAUGCGAAGAAAGUUUAUAUGACAUUAUAAAAGACCAUGAUUUACAUUUCAGUGUUUUGUUGUAACCUGGGGUUAGAUCAGAGUUUCACAUGUGAUGAAAAAAAGGAAUGAUAGUGCUCUGUGAUUUUCCUACUGCCCUGUACCAAAUUCCAGGGUCUCUGGAAUUUCUAUUUCAGAUUAUUCAGUCAAAUGGAAAAUUUAUUGCUGUCUGGUAAACAUGCAUUUGGUUGGUAGAAAGGCUCUUUCUAGAAAGUGUAGGAAAAGAAAGUAGAACCAGUUGGGUGAGACACAGGACAGAUGGCAGAUGAUGACAUGGUGAGUUGUGAACAAUCAGGAUUCUGGUUAUGAUGGGGCCGUCUCACAGAUCAUCUGCACAAUGGUGUGAUGACACUUGCCCUCUCUUUCCAACUGUGCUUUGAGGAUAUGGCGAGAUUUGGUACGAUGACCUUAAAGAGUCGCAGAUGGUGUGCCACGGUGGGUCCUAGUAGAGUAUGCUCCCUCCCUUCUCUCAUCUGAUGUUUUCUUCAAUUUGGGAACAAGUGAGAUUGGCAGAAGGCGGGAGCUCGUGGUGCAGUAAUUCUCUACUAAAUUUUGCCCGCUGGUGUCACCUUUUAACAUUGACUCCAUAUCCUAAGGCAGUCCCACUCUGUUACAUAAGCCCCUGACUCCUGUCAAAACCCCACGCUGAGCAGCCUUAGAAAAUCCAGUCUCUUUAGGGCUGAGUAUUGUAGAGUAACGACUCCAAACACACAUUGAAAAUGACUUCUUUUCAAUGCUGUCACAAAGCAAAGGCCUUUCUGGGGGUGGGAGGUGAUUGGGGGUUUGGAUUGAAAUAUGGACAAUGAUAGCACGUGUAUUUUGAACAAAAAAUUUUCUAAUAAAACUUUGCAAAAUGAAUGGUGUCAAAUCAGUAUAUAAGAUUAUAGGCUAUACAUUAUUUAAUUUCAUUAAGUAGAAAAAGAAAUUUAGCCCUUUUGAUGCCUAAACCUAUUGUAAGAAAGUGUAAUAUGGCUGCCUCUUUUUUUCCUGCCUCACAAAACAAAGGGCUAUUUCUACAAGGCAAAGUUUUGUAUAUGUGCUUAUUCUUUAUUUCAGAUUAAGAAUUGGGAAAAACUGGAGCGAAUAAUGGGUUUCUUUCUUGCUUAAAAAUGUAUUUAUAUGUAUACCUUAAUAUAUACAAGGCAAGUUUCCCUGGAAUAAAAGUCUGGAACAUACUACUUAAUUUUACACAUGUAUGUAGAUGAGAUUAUUUGUUACUGAAAACUGGAAUAAUGUGUGGAUUUCGUCUACUGAUUAUCAACCUGUUAGGAGUCCUUGUGUGAGGCAUGGUGGUAUAAUUGUGAAAUUCUCACUGUGUGUGAGUGUAUGUGUGAAAGAGAGCACUCUUUUCCCUGUAAAUAUCUUUUGAUAUCCAUUUGUGUAAAAUCCCAAUGAAUGUGUCUUUGGAAAAUAUAAUGUAGCAAAGUUUUUAUUUUGUCAAUUGAUCUAAAUGCCCAUUUAACUAAUCAGAACUCCAGUUUGGUUCAGAUUGGGAUUUUUUUAAAGGGGAGGAAAAGUAUGCAGAAAGAACAAUUGGAAGAAUCCUGUUUUAAUGCUAUUUUACAUCAACAUUGCUUCAAUAUUUUGAAUUGACUUGGCUGUUUUCUCCCACCUACAAGAGAAUGUGCCUGCCAUUCUCCUGAGCUCACUUGGAGAUGGAAGAUGUCUAGUGUGAGUAGCACGAGCCUGUGACUCCCAGCAUCAUUUAUUUCCUUGAACUAGACAGAGCCUUACCUGCAAUUCAUAGUGAGGGCACCUGGGUUUGUAGCCCGACUCCAUCUCUGCCUGUGAUGGGCUGAGUCCUUUACCUCUCUGGCCAUUUUUCUUUAAAAUGAGUGGGUUAGACCAGAUAGGUUCAGAAGUCCCUUCCUGCCCUAACAUUUGAUUCUAUUUUUAUUUUCCUAUGGUUACUACUGGGGUCAGACAUGGGGAUAUGAGGGAUCACAUAGAGGUUGGAUGUUAUAUAUUUGGUUUAUUAUGGCCCAUACGCCCCAGUUUAGAACCUGUGCCAUUUUUGGUGUGCCCACCCUGGCUUCUGUUUCCACUUUCUUUGGUAAUUAUCCCGUUUUUUCUUUCCCCACUCGUGAAACUCUCUUCUUCCUAGUCCAUGAUGUAUGUUGUUACCAUCCCCUCAGAAAUGAAAAAUCCAUUUAAAACACCUCCUGAAAAACCUCAGAACUACCUUCAGCGAAAUCUAUAACAUUUAUAACAUUAUCUUCUUCUGAUUCAGUUAUAGCUAUGAUCCCCGACUAAGUAUUGAGGAAGUUGUCUGUCACAGACAGGAUGUCUUUUCAUCUUGUAGGCUUCGCUGUUGCUAAGUCACAUCCAUCUGUACAGGCUGUCUGUGGGGAGAUGGCAGGUGACAGGGGCCAAGGGAUAGGCGUGGAUAAAAUGUGAUUCUGUCCUUCACCUUAGUUCAGAAAUCCUAGGUUACAGAACCAGGUUCUGUUCUCUUAAGUUGGGGUAUAAGAUCACCUGCACAGUGCAGGAGAUUCCCUACCCAGUAAAUCCUGCUGAAGGAGCUUGUAUUAAGAUUCUCUAGAGCUGCGCUAUUCAAUGCAGUAGUCAACGGCCACAUGUGGCUAAUACCUCUUGAAAUUUGGCUUGUCCAAAUUGAGUUGGGCUGUACACAUAAAAUACCAGAUUUUGGAGACUUGAUACCAAAAAAGGAAUGUAAAAAAUUUCAUCAAUAUUUUAUAUUGAUUACAUACCAAAAUGAUGAUAUUUUAAAUAUGUUAAGUAAGGUAUUACAAUUUCACCUGUCCCUUUUUAUCUUUUUUUAAUGUGGCUACCAAAAAAUUUAAAAUCAGAUGUGUGGCUUGCAUGGUACUUCUGUUGGACAGUGCCGCUCUAGACUAGACCAGGUGGCGUGGCGUAGGCAGUGAAAUACCAAGGUAUGGAAGGUAAUUCUCCAACCUCUCCAGAUAGAAGCAACACAAAUGCUUCAUUGGAAUUGGGAGCACUGUGAGGCAUGGAAUGCCUUCCAGAAGCCAGCAGAUUUUUCCAUAGAAAAACCAAUAUGUAUCAGACCCCAAUUAAAAAACAAAAGCAAAUGAGCCCCAAGCUCUGUUCUUUCACCUUUUCCUAGAAGCUGCUAACUUUGCACUUACUUUUCAAGCAUCUUCCAGGUACCAAGAAUGUCAGCCACAUGAGGGUGUUGGGCAUAUUUGUUUCACUCUAGGCAACAUUCUCUUGUGGGUUCCCCUCCCCAGGCAUUGUUUAGUCUGGUCAGAGCUGGGUGUCUUGAAACUGCGAAUCCUGCCGUUCUCGAUACGUCACCAUUCCUCCCUGUGCCCACCUGCCUGGCAGGUGGUGAUGUUGGCUUCUGAAAGAGUUUGUAUUUAUUUUAUUUUGCACUAGUCACAGUUGUUGUUUAAAAUAUCUCAAAUGUUUGGGGAGAAUAUUUGCCUGUGAUGGGAAGAGAGAUGGAUGAUUUAUUGCUUCAAUUGUUUUAAAAUUAAAAGCUAUUCUCACAAUC